GUAUCGCUGGAGUACACCCUGACAAUGUGGAGUCCAUGGAAGAGGAGGAGAGUGACGACGACGGAAAAUCUUCACAAUUUGAAAGCGACGACGACGAGAAACUACAAGUGCUUAUCUCAGAAUUAGAGACGGGUGUACGCGACGAGGAGGAGGAAAGCUGCAAUGACGGGAAACUUGACCAGGAAAGGAAAAUUACCGAGGAAGAAAACAUAAGCGGAAUUAAGGGCAACUCUGAUAAUAAACAAGGUAUUUGCCACACUGAGGAAAACGACAAACGUUCGACAGCAACGGGGGACCAUAAACAGCCUGAGGUUCUGCCAACCACAAACAACUUACCUACAGCGGUCAGACUGACUAUGCCUGUUAGCUGUGGCUUGGCUGAGACGUUCAAUCCAGUAACAAAUCCGUUAGUUUCUCUAAUGGGUAUGGAUUCAGAAAUCCAUUUCUCAUAUGUAAAUCCCUCAGCCAACAGCGGAACACAAACCAUUUCUAUGCAAGAUCUUACCGAAAACAACGAAAAUGCCACAAAGGGAAAAUCGACUAAUAAGGAAGCAGUUAAAUUAAAGGAAAAAGCAGUUGCCAUAACUGAUGACAUUAUUUUACAGUGUCUCGUGAAAACAGGAAGUGGGAGGCUGUCGGACGUGAUUGGUUUGGACCACGUUAUCGUGAGUAUGAAGAAAACCAUUUUCCUACCAUUGGUGGCGGAGAAAGAAUUUGGCAGUGACCUUCAAGGCGUGCUGCUUUUUGGACCUUCUGGGGUUGGAAAAACCCAUAUCUUAAGCUGUCUUGUGGGGGAGCUUAACUAUAUAAAAGAGGAAAAGUGCAAAACCAUCCCAACGAUAAGCAUCUGGAAGGUAGAGCCAAAAGACAUCUUGCAUAAGUGGAUAGGUGACUCAGACAAGUACCUCAGUCGGAUUUUCGAGUUGGCUCAUGAGAAGCGCCCGUCGAUAAUAAUUAUUGACGAGAUCGACUCUCUAUUAUGUCAGCGAAAAGAGGACGAUCCUGAACACAUUCGACGGCUCAAGACGGGAUUUCUUUCGUGCAUGGAUGGCCUAAAUAAUUAUUCUGGAAUUGUGGUCGUGGGAUUGACAAAUUUUCCGCAGCAUUUGGAUUAUGCAUUCAGGCGAAGGUUUUCGAAAAGAAUUUAUAUUGGAUUACCCGAUUCCUUUGCAAGGGAGCGAAUACUAGCACACUAUUUAAAGAAAACAAAUCUUUUAACGGAAUCAUUCGAUCUUGGCAAAAUAUCUUCAAUGACUGAGGGUUUCUCUGCCCACGACCUUGCUGUUGCCAUUUCAAAACUACAAGCACUUCAGUACACUAGUAACUUUUCCUCCGACGGUGUGAACGAUAUUGUCCAACUUAUGAAGGUGGGCUGCAAGCCAACAACAUUGAUAACCCAGGAAAUGUUUGAAGGAUUAAUUCGGACUGAUGGAUCAACCAAUGGGGCCACGAACGAUGAGAAAACCGUUGAUGAGCUUAAAAGGUGGGGACAAGAAUUCGGAGCAGAGGGUAUGACUCAACCGGUUUAUUAUGAAGGAGAGUAUGAGCCAACGCUCAGCUCGUGCCUAUUUGAAAUGUUUUGCUGCCUGUUUUACUAA